AUGGCCGCAAUGCUCCCCGCCGGUGGCAGCGGACGCGACGGAAACCACCCCUACAGCUACGACGAGCCCAUUGAAGACGACCUGAUAGAUCCAGAUGAUGCCACCCUCGACGACCUCGAAGACCCCGCCUCCACCCACGACCGCGCACCCCUCACCGGCAACAUCUCCAACCAACAAGCCAACCAAAACCACCGCGCCGCAAACAACGCGACGGGAUACCUCAACAACUCAAUCCCCGGUGAGGAUCGGCGAGCGCCAAUCGACACGAUUGAUGAGUCGGUAUGGGAUACAUUGAGACGAGACUUGCUAGCGGUAUGGGAGAAGAUGCGACAAGUGCUGUGGCCGAAGUAUCUCCUCGGCGGGAUGAUGGCGCGAGGAGGUGGAAUGGGAGGCGAGGGUGAGAAUACUGGAGGUGCGGAGGGUGUGAUGGGGUAUGUGAGGGGGAUUGUGGGCAGGUGGCCUGAUGCGGAUCAGUUGUUGGAGGGAGGGAUGAGUGAUGGGCUGAGGGAUUGGGAUCUUUGGGGACCGUUACUCUUCUGCUUACUGCUCUCCUUCCUGCUGAGCUUGAACGCCCGAGACGAUCAACGCUCGCUGGUCUUCAGCGGUGUCUUCGCGACUGUAUGGAUUGGCGAGGCGGUCGUGACGCUGCAGAUCAAGCUGUUGGGUGGUAAUAUCUCCUUCUUCCAGUCCGUCUGCAUCAUCGGCUACACACUCUUCCCAAUGGUCAUCGCAGCACUUCUGAGCGCACUACGAGUACCUACAAUCGUGCGGAUACCAGUCUACAGCGUGCUUGGACUCUGGUCGUUGGCGGCGGGAAUCAGCAUUCUUGGAGGGAGCGGGGUGGUGAAGAACAGGGUGUCGUUGGCUGUUUAUCCGCUGUUCGUGUUCUACAUUGGACUGGACUGCUUAUGCUUCAUUUCGUAG